AUGAACCUGUACCUGUGGGACGCCGGCACUGACUCGGGUGUGACCUACACCUCGCCGAAUACGCCGACGAUACCGCAGGAGCGCAUCAGGCGAAUCACCUCGACGACGCCCAGUCAACCUGAGUCGCCCUUCUAUGACAGCUCGGGCACCCCCAUGAAGCCCAUUGCCCGACUGACGGUGGCCAGACAGCGCAUCUACGAGAAGGCUUGCGGUGCUGAGGGUGCAAAUGGCGGGGCAGGCGAUGGAAUGGACUCCAUCGACUCGGAUGAAGAUGAGAGAUACGACUGCAAGACCACCGAAUGGACCAUGUUCAGCCACUGUUCGGUGGCCUGUGGUGAGGGCGUCCGCAUACGAACGCGAAACUACAUCAACGAGAAGCGAGCCAAGGAGGCGGGCUGCGGUACGAAGCUGAUUGAGAAGGAGGAGUGCGGCGGCAAGUGCAUCAACAACAUCAGCUGUGAGACGUCGCCCUGGGGCGAGUGGCAACCGUGCAAUGUCAGCUGUGGACGGGGCACUCGGCAGCGUUCACGCAAGUUCCUCCACCGACUGGCGAGGAAGGUCUGCACUAGUGUGGAGCUGAUCGACCGGGAGCCGUGCAUCGGCGCCGGAGGGCGAGACUGCAGCAGUGGCAGUGGUGACUUUGGCUCAACUGCUGCUGACACUGAGCUGAUUGAGCCCAAGUGCGCCGUCACGAACUGGGCGGAGUGGUCGCCCUGUACGGAGAGCUGCGGCAAGGGCGUCCGCAUUCGCACCCGACUCUACAUCAACUCCUACAAGUCGAAGAACAUCUGCAAUGUGCAGCUGAUUGAGAGUGAGGAGUGCCUCGGAGAGGCCUGUGGAGAUCGAAAUGAUGCCAGAAGCACCUGCAGUCUGCCGCGUGAAGUGGGCCCCUGUCGUGGCUACUUUCCGCGGUACUACUUUGACACGAACAAGGGCCUCUGUGUGCAGUUCAUCUACAGUGGCUGUCGGGGAAACAGCAACAACUUUGAGCGCCUGGCAGACUGCAAGGAAAAGUGUGAAAAUCUUUCUAAAGGAUCUUACGGAGUUUCAAAGCCAUCGCCUUUUGGCAAUUACACGAUGCUACCGCCAGUCAACGACGGUCUCACUGUGAUUGACUGUGUGGUCACCCAAUGGUCUGAAUGGUCGCCCUGCUCUCGAAGCUGCGGCACCGCCCGCAAGGAGCGCCGUCGGGAGAUCAAACUAAACGCACAGAACGGCGGUCGCCCCUGUCCGAAGAAACUCGUCCAGCGACGGAAGUGCAAGGACAAUCCUCCCUGUGAGGACUACAGUGGCGGAGGCGGUGGCGAUCAGCAGCACAGCAGCAGUUACUCGAACAGUAACGGCUACAAAAGCUAUAAGAACAAGCACAAGCACUACCACCGAGGAGCCCACCACGGCGGCUACCACCAACAGCAGCAACAUCAGACGCAUCAGCAGCAGGACUUUGCUGGACAGUCGCCUCCCAGGCGAUAG